GUGCAACGUACCUCCUCUUUACUUACACCUGGGAGAGAAAAGCAGAAGGCGGUGGAACCCGCAAAUUUCUAAACCUCGGGUAGCCUUUCGAAACAAGCGAAUAGAUAGCAAUGGUAUCAAACGUUAUUUUUUAAAGACGGCAUGAAAGCUAUUGGUUGUUGGAUAUGCUGAGGAGAAGUGGACCUGAAUGAAAACUGACUUCACGAGGUCCUCUCCUACGGUGCGACAGUUACCUCAGGAAACAGAAAAGAGCAGCGGCGUUCUAUGUCGUUACGUCAGACCGAGGGCUGUAUAUAUUUACAGCUCCUGCCCAACAGUUUUCAGUACGGGCUUUCGGUGCCUAGCGUGAGAAUGGUUCACGAAAAGCGGCAGGGAACUGCUGCUGAAACUUCUACCGCAAGUACUUCGACGAAGGAGACGGAGAAAAAGAAACGUGUUUCGGGCUCUCUCUCGCAAUUGAUUCUUCAGGUUUUAGAAGCUUGCAAUUCCCGAAAAGGUAUCUCGCUGGCUGCUCUCAAAAAGGCUCUGAUCGAAGCUGGGUAUAAUCUGACUAAGAACAACGUCCGCCUCAAAAGGGAGCUGCGCAAUUUGGUCUCCAAUGGGGUGGUGAUCCGUGUCACCGGCAGUGGUGUUUCUGGCUCCUUCAAGUUCGGCAAGAAUCAGCCGCCGAAGUCGAAAAAAGCGACUGUCAAAACGGCCAAGGGGAAAAAGGAGCCUAAAAAGACCCGAAAGAAACAACCGGCAGUUCAUAAACCUAAAGGUCUCCAGGGUCGUAAACCUUCCAACUCUGGAAGGAAACGUCAGGUGAACAAACGUCCUGCAGGGAAAGCUCGUUAACGAGGUCCUCGCUUUUGCUAACUACACAAAGCUGUACAAAAGGCUCUUUUAAGAGCCACUCCGGAAUCGCUGAAAGAGCUAAUGACAUUUUCGGAUCAGGUUUUUUUGCAGAGUACCAGUAAACGACACUCUUUUUGAAUGA